CGCGUCCUGGUGCCAUUAUGUCACGUGCUCCUCGCUCGCUCUCCCUCACUCGCUCCGUGCAGAAUUCACAAUCUGAGAUUAUGGCCCCGUGAGCAGACACAUGGCGGCCCACAGCCGUGAACCGAACACACAACUCACCAAAAACCCGACGAUGGCCUAGACAAAGCUGCCUUCAUUCAUUUUCUUAGACACCCCUCAAACUCCUGCAAUAUCCACGGCUGUCACCCAGUGUCACGCGAGCACCGCAGCCUCCACCGGUUUAUUUUCACUCAGCUGUUUCGCGCAAUUAGAGUCAACUUUUUAAGUUUCCGUUCUUUCCGUAUUGACGCUAAACAUGGGUGUUCACGGCUUCCAAGAGUUUAUUGAAAAGCACUGUCCCAGCGCUGUGGUACCGGUUGAGCUCCAGAAGCUGGCCCGGGGAAGUAUGGUGGGAGGUGGCCGGCAGAGACCGCCUCAGAGCCCGCUGAGACUCCUGGUGGACGCGGAGAACUGCCUCCACCGGCUCUACGGAGGCUUCUACACCGACUGGGUGAGCGGGGGCCAGUGGAACCACAUGCUGGGCUACCUGGCUGCCCUCUCCAAGGCCUGCUUCAACGGUAACAUUGAACUGCUGGUGUGCUUCAAUGGCGCCCUGGAGAAAGGCCGCCUUCACGAGUGGGUCAAGCGGCAGGUGAACGAGAGACAGACCGCGCAGCAGAUCAUAAGCCACGUCCAGAACAAGGGCACCCCUCCACCUAAAGUCUGGUUCCUCCCUCCCGUGUGCAUGGCUCACUGCAUCCGGCUGGCGCUCCUCAGGUUCCGCGUCAGGGUUAUCCAGAGCAUUGAGGACCACCACCUGGAAGUAAUAGCCCUAUGCAGAGAGAACGGUUUCCAUGGCCUCCUGGCCCAGGACUCUGACUAUGCUCUGUGCAGUGUCCCUCACUACUUCAGUGCCCAUGCCCUCAAACUGAGCCGCAAUGGGAAAAGCCUCACCACCAGCCAGUACCUGAUGCAUGAAGUGGCACGGCAGCUUGAUCUCAAACCGAGUCACUUCGCCAUCCUCGCGUCACUUUUAGGAAACCACAUACUGCCUGAUGAAGACUUGGCUGCCUUUCACUGGAGCUUGCUUGGUCCAGAGCAUCCAUUAGCAUCUUUGAAGGUGCGUGCCCAUCAGCUCGUGCUUCCACCCUGUGAUGUUGUAAUUAAAGCUGCGGCCGACUACGUCCGCAAUAUCCCAGACAUCACUGACCUGGAGGCUGUCGCUAAGGACAUCUUCAAACAUUCACAGUCAUGCAAUGACGACAAAAUUAUACGAUUCAAGAAGGCAGUGGAAUACUACUCGAUGGCCAGCAAACCCCCUCACCGCCCUCCACAGUUAGUCAAACCAAAACACACGGGAGUGCCUGCUGCUGUGCCAUCAACGAAAUCGCUCAACAUUCCACAGGCACCGAUGCCUGUAAGACCAGUGGUCCAGCACUUGUACCCAGAGCCUCUGGCAGAGAGCAGCCACACUCUGGACGCAGUGGACAAAGGGCUUCCAGAGCCAAACAGCUUCAGCAACAUUCCUCAUGAAGGGAAGCACACACCGCUGUAUGAGAGGUCCUCUCCCAUCAGCCCGGGCCAGACUGGGAGCCCCAACAACACAGAGGCUGCUUUCUUCAACACCUCCUCCACCUCCUCCUCCUCUGAGAAUGAUGAGAGCUCAGGCUCAACUGCCAAUCAUGUGAGUGACCGUAAGGGAGGAUGGGAGAAAAAUGGACUUGCUCCUCAUUCUGAAGAUAGAGACCAAACAAAGACUGACCUCUGUGUGACCCCGUCUGUGAACCUGGGGAUGCAGACUGUGGAUCUCCACAGCCUGAAUGCACACAUCCCCUCUCUGCUCUCCAUGCCAAUCAGGAACCACAUGGACAUAACCAUCCCACCUCUCCCUGCCGUGGCCCCCGAGGUCCUGCGGGUGGCUGAGCACAGACACAAGAAGGGCCUUAUGUACCCGUACAUCUACCAUGUUCUCACCAAGGGAGAGAUUAAACUGUCGGUCACCAUUGAAGAUGAAGCCAACAAAGACCUGCCUACAGCAGUGCAGCUGUUUCGGCCUGUCCGUCAAUAUGUUUACGGAGUUCUCUUCAGCCUGGCGGAGUCCAGGAAAAAGGCUGAGAGACUCGCCAUGAGGAACAACUGCCUUCCUGAAUAUACACAUGUCUUGGUCAAAGAGUGGGGUGCCUCCAAGGGCAAGUCUCCCCAUACUCCUGAGCUGGUGGAAGCUCUGCCCUUCAGAGAGUGGACCUGUCCUAAUGUGAAGAAGCUGUGGUUGGGAAAGGCCGUGGAGGAUAAGAACCGCAGGAUGAGGGCGUUCCUGGCCUGCUUGCGCUCUGACACUCCAGCUAUGCUAAACCCUGCCAACAUCCCCACACCCCUCUUGGUGCUCUGUUGUGUGCUGAGGUUUAUGUUACAAUGGCCAGGAGUAAGAAUUUUGCGUCGUUACGAACUUGACGCUUUCCUAGCUCAAGCACUUUCUCCUAAACUUUAUGAGCCUGACCAGCUGCAGGAACUGAAGAUAGACAACCUGGACCCUCGAGGAGUCCAGCUGGCUGCUCUGUUCAUGAGUGGAGUGGAUAUGGCUCUGUUUGCCAACGACGCAUGCGGGCAGCCCAUUCCCUGGGAGCACUGCUGUCCGUGGAUGUAUUUUGAUGGCAAACUGCUUCAGAGUAAACUCAUCAGAGCCAACAGGGAGAAGGCUCUGCUCAUUGACCUCUGUGAUGGUCAGACUGAAGUGGUUGCCAAGGUGGAGAGGAUGCGUCAGAGUAUCCUGGAAGGUCUCAGCUUCACUCGUCCUCCUCACCCUCCCCCGUUCCCCCCGCCACCACCUGCAAACCUUCAUGGGAUGCCUCUCUACGCCCCUGGUACUCCCUUCUUCCCCCCACCACCUAUGAUGUCUCCUCAGGGCAAAGGUAGGGGGUUACCUGGACUUGAAGGAAUCUCAUCUCAGGGUGGAAAGCUGGAGAUCGCUGGCACUGUGGUGGGUCAGUGGGCAGGAAGUCGACGAAGCAGAGGAAGAGGAGGCUUCCCUAUCCAGGUGGUGUCUGUGGGUGGAGCAAAUAGAGGUCGUGUACGAGGAGUGAUUUCCACUCCUGUCAUAAGGACAUUUGGUCGAGGAGGCAGAUUCUACACUCGGGCCUUCCAGGGUCAGGGAGCAUACCUGAGUAAACCUGCUCAUAAGGCCCCUCAUAUGUCCAAACAUGAUGAGGUGAGGGAGAAAAAGUGUCCAGAUCCAGAGAAGAAAGUGUCCUCCCCCCCACCUUGUGACAGCUCUGCGACAGAGAACGGUGUAGACAAGGAGCUGGACAAGCUGAACUGCGAUAAAGAGGAGUGCAGGGCUCUCAUCCGACCUGAAAGUGCCUUUAGCAGUGACUCCAAGAUGUGCAAUACUAAUGCUCACUUAAUUGCACUAAACGUAGAUGGCGGCUGCCAUAGAGAUGAAGGUUUGGAGGCCGCCGUCAUAAAAAGACAAGUGUAAGCCUAUUUUUCUAGAGAGGGUGUAGGAUGAAAGAUGGAGCAGUGUUUGGGAAAUUUGGAAAAGCCUACAGUCACUGUAUUGUUUUUUUUCCUCUCAUCCAACGGAGAUGAAAGUAAAUGCACUACAUGAUACAGUACUAGGGUUAAGGGGGCCGCUCAGAUGAAGCAUCAUUUGCGCCUGGAAAAAAAAUCAUAAUUUUAAAUUUCAAGUGUGCUCACAUCACAAGGAGCAUGCUUUUCUGGUCACAAACAGGAUACCCAACUUUCUCAAAUGCAGCAAAUUCAGUGUUUAUUCUUUUUGGCACACAUGUCAAGCUUAUAUAUUUCCUGUGCUGGGAUUCUAUUUGUCUUUCUUUGUUUUAUUCACUCCAUAUUUAACUCCAUUAGCAACUUUAUUGUUGCCUCAGUGUGCAAGUUUCGGUUACUUCGGUGAGGAUAGAAGCACAACCCUGACACCUGGAAUAGAAACUAGUCCACACAUAUUCAGAUGCUACAUGUGAACGGCCCUGGUUUCUACAGGUUACUGAAAUGAAUGAAAUGUCUCCUUUUCAUUAGGAUAUAAGAGCUUUAAGAAGCAUUAAUUUUUUUUUAAAUAUAUUUUACUUGUUGUAGGUUAAUACUCGUCCAGUACUUGGCACAGAUUACUGGCCACAGUACAGUUAUCAGUUUUGUGUCGUCAUAACAAACCUGAACUAAAGUAAAAAUGCAACAUGUCCACCUUUUGAUUUGAUUACUUUGGGUUCGGUUCAUGCUCAAAGCGGCAGUUUCCGUCACUCAGCUGUAAUGCUUAAAGAUAUGAGACGAGAGAGAUCUCGUCGUGUCCCGAACGGUUUCCUCACACAAGGAGCUUCAGCAUCACUGCUUCAACAAACAAAAAAACUCUUCUGCAUGGUUCACAGUUAAAAGGUGUGUAGAUGUUAUGCAUGUUGUCCUUCUCCCUCCAUCAUUACAGGGACUCUGCCCAUUUGCAACUCAAAGAAAUGGCUAAUAUCAGUGAUAUUAACGGUUAGUUAACUGAUUUUGUUUUCUCUGUUGCAUUUAAUAAAAAAAAAAACGACGUUAUCUAGCUUAUUUUAAAUGGUGUAUUCAAACUGUCUUGCUCUCUGUUGCUGUUUUCUGCAUUAGUCAAAUAUCUAAAGGGGAAAAAAAGCGCACAUAAUUAAAAGCUUUGAUCAAAAUCAGCCCUCUUGUAGCUCAAAGCCACAUGAUCGAUCCUGUGAGUAAGAAUUUAACCAUCAGCCAGUUAUUUACCUAAGUAUUUUUCUUCUCACUACUCAAUCAUCGUUUAACAAGUCCAUCUUUCAUUAGUGAUCAGAGAAACUGUGUACUGUUCCCCCGUCCCUCCCCUGCAAGAGCUAAAUGGGUUACCUUCUAUGUAAGCUGAUCACUUUCUUCCUUACUCAUAGACCGUAACCGAAUGAACUGCUGUGGGGUUUGACUGAAUGUUGAUGGAAUGUGGAUUGAUGUACUUGAAGGCACCUUAGCUAAAAUGCUUAAUAAAACUAUAUUCUUUUAGUAGAA